UUCCUUUGGGACUUGAUAUCUCUGGAGAGAGGGGUCACUCUGCGGAGAAACGAUUUGAAGGCAGCGGGGGGGCUGGGGAGCCCCGCUCCGCUCCCCCGGGUGCCCAGCCUGCCUCUUGGCGCAGACACGGGCAGAACCGCCCACUUCAGCCCCACGCCCGCCUCCAGCCACGGGGCAGACUUUCAUCAGAAAAUCCCCCAGAGAUGAGACGGCCGGGAGGGGGCCGGGGAGGGGUUCAAGCCCUUUGGGAGCGGCGCAGCUUUUGGCUGCGUGUCCCGGGGCCGAGGGUGCCGCCGGCAGCCGCCUCCCGGCGCUGUCCACCCGUGGCGGCAGCUCCCCACGCGUGCUCUUGAACAAGCACCCUCCCUCCCCGCCCCCUCCUCCCCCCGCGGCUCCGGGAGUGGCCCCGCUCCCCCGCAGCAAGGCGGGGAGCCCCCGGCUGCGCGCCCCGGCCGUUGCUCCGCUCCCGGCGCCCCGAGGCGGCAGCGAUGGGCCCCGGGCGCCGCCGUCCGCUCCUGCCCGCGCUGCUGCUGCUGCUGCUGCCGCCCGCGGCGUGGGGUGACUGCGGGCCGCUGCCGAACAUAAGCCGCGCAGAGCCCCCGGAGGACACGAAACACAGGGGAAGCUUCAGGGUGGGCUCCAAAGUGACGUUCAGGUGCCUCACGGGUUUUGUUAAACGCCCUUUGCUGUCAGACACCAUCCAGUGCCUUGCAAACUCCCAGUGGUCCAACCUCCCGGAGUUUUGUGGUCGUAGCUGUCAAAGCCCACCACGUGUGCAUUUCGCUAGAAUAUCACAAGAUGAUGGAAUGCAGAAUUUUUAUGACGUUAAUAUCACGGUGAAGUAUGUUUGUCGUCCAGGCUAUAAGAACACCACUGACCAGCCCCCCACCAGCACUUGUCUUGACAAUUUAACAUGGUCAGAAGUUCCCGAGCUAUGUCAAAGGAAAUCUUGCGGUAUUCCAGCAAAUCCAGAACAUGGCAAAGUUAUUACAAAUGAUCACCUGUUCGGUGCAAAAGCAGAUGUAGUUUGUAACCGUGGGUACACACUGAAGGGAGCGUCGCCUCUCGUCUGGUGUUCUCUAAGAGGAAGUGAAGUUGCCUGGACUCAAAUUCCACCUUGUCGGGCUAUUUCUUGCCCUCCGCCUCCAGCUAUUCCCGACGGGAAGCACAAUGGCAACGGCACGGAGUUCACCUACGGCUCAGUCGUGACGUACAUGUGUGACCCUGGGCUCCGGCUGGUGGGAAACGAAACGCUUCGUUGUACAACGGAGAACAGGGUUGAUGGCGUCUGGAGCAGGUCUCCUCCCGAAUGCAGGGUUAGCACUACAGCAGUGACAAAACACACUGAACCCUCAGAAGAGAAAAUAGCAGAGAAUCCUUACUGGCUAGCGAGUAUCCUCAUCCCUAGUUGCAUUGUUCCCCCUGUAGUCCUUGGAAUUCUAGUUGGCAUCAUCAUGAGAUGCAAAGACAGAAAAAAAGACUCUUACAAUAUGCAUUUACAAAAGCACGAGAUGAAGGGAAAGGAUCCACUGAUGCACCCAAUGAUAACGGGUGAUGAGAAGCAGCCUGUGCCAUGGCGUUCCUAUUUUUGCCACACGACGAGUUGCCAUGUGUGUCCCACCUGCAAAGAGCGGGUGCACGCCGCUCUGGCCCCCCGCGCCGAGCCCCCGCGCCACGGCUGUGCUGCCUGUGAGGACUGGCUGGGCGUCCAGCCCGGCACCCCGCGCUCCUUCUCCAUCCCCAGCGUCGGCGAGAGCCAAAGCCCCGCGGGCACAAGCAUUCCUGCCAAAGCCGCGGAUGAGCUGGGGGGUGAGGGCACAGGAGAAGCUGCUCCAGAGCGGAGUGAGGCGGAGCAGCCCAUGGACCAUGAAAGCGACCACCACGUCUGCCCCGUCUGUGAAAGCUGGCUGCGCGCACACCUCGGCCCGUGCGAGACCCGACCCGCGGCCCCGGGGGAGCAGCCGGCCGAGGGCCCGCGGGGUCCCGUCUGCCCGCCCUGCGCCGACCGGCUGCACCUCUCCCUUGUCCACAGCGACACGGCGAGCUGCCCCGUGUGUCCCCUGGCCCCAGAGGGGACCCUGGCUCACCUCGUCCCCCGCCGCACCCCCAGCUGCCACGUCUGCCCCAUCUGCGCGGCGCCCACCCACGCGCACCUCUGCCAGGCACCCCACGGAUAAAUGCCGGCGGCUGUAGCCCCCUUAGCGGCACGAAGCCGGUGGGAGAGAAGGGAGAGGUGCUGCACCAACCCCUGGCACUGCCCGGGGCCAAGUUCUGAGUGCAAUAAGGCACCUGACAUCGAGUGUCUGACUUCACAAGCAAGGAUUUGUAAAGAAGCAGGAAGAUCAAACAUACUUCAAAUCCAGCUCCACGCUGGCUUCAUGCCUACUGGUUUGUUUGUUUUAGUAUGAAAAAACAAUUUUUGCAGCUCUUAAAGUGAGGCUUUAAAAAUUCAGUAAACGUUUCCUUCCACUAGGAAAAGAAUUUCAUAGUAAACACCCUCUUUGCACAAUCUUGCAAGAUUUACUCGUAUCUUUUAAACUACUUUUUUACUGGGGUUCCUUUACUGGUGUGCAGAAACAAGUGCGCCAAUUGCAGUAUUUAUAGGAAAACUGUUUUGUAAAUAAAAGGAAUAUAAAAUAAGCA